AUGGCAACAUCCACUGACACUUCAAGAAUGGAGUUCGAGGUAUUCCUGAGUUUCAGGGGACCGGAUACUCGGGACAACUUUACUAGUUGCCUCUAUCAUAACAUGGUCGAGAAAGGAAUCCGUGUCUUUAGAGAUAACGAAGAGCUCCGAGUUGGUCAGAAGAUUGGUGGGAACCUUUUGCGAGCACUUGACAACACUCAAAUUUAUAUCCCUAUUUUCUCUAAGGGCUUCGCUUCCAGUGUGUGGUGCCUCCGUGAGGUUGCGCAUAUGGUAGAUUGUACUUUAAAGUCGGACAGGAAGAAGGAGAUCCUUCCCCUUUUCUUCGAUGUGAAACCGGAUGAUGUCAAGCUUAGAACCGAAUUGUACAGUAAUGCUCUGUCUGAGUAUGAGAAGAAGUAUGGCCCCGAUGAGGUGACGCUGUGGAAAGCUGCUCUUCGUGAGGUUGCAACUAGAGCAGGUUGGGAGCGGAAAGGGGAAGAGUAA